AUGUGGACGCCAUGCCACGAAGACCUUGUGAUAAUGGUUCUAAAGAUUGAGCAAAUGGUUAGUGUUGCUGUUGAAACUGACACUGAGAAGUUUGUGACAGAGCAAACGAAAAUUGCUCAGGAAAAAGACAGUUCUUGUCAGCUAACACUGAGCUUUGUCCACCGAAUCAGCCUGACUCUAAAUGUGACGCUAUCCUAUGGGAACCAUCUUGAACUCGUGAGUACCUUUAUGGCCAACGAAGAGAGGAUAUUAAAUUCAAGGUGAUCCAAUUCAAGGAAGCAAGCGCUUCAAGGCCAAACUGGGAAGAUGUUUCUCCUUAUGAACGUACCGUGAAUGCUCUUUGGGCCCAAUAGGACCAGUUGGAGUUCCGAAAUCAAGUAUUGUGUCGAAGAUAGUGUCGAAGUGGUUCCAGAACUAAGUACCAAAAAAGUUGCAAGAGGCAGCACUAAGGGCUAACCAUACAACAGCGAGUCGUCAGGGUGUUAACAAAACACUUAAAGCUCUUAGGGCUCGAUGUUACUGGACAGAACUAACUUCAAACGUAAGAAGUGGUGCAGAGCUUGUCAUGAGUGUAGAGCCAAAAAGAGCACUGGUGAGGAGAGACGUUCCCUAAAAAAGAAGUAUGUGGAAUAUGCACCACUGGAGCGCCUCGCCAUGGACAUAUUCAGGCCACUUCCUCUGACCCCUCACGGGAAUAAAUUUGUUGUUUUCGAACCAAUAAGCUUUUAUGGUAGCCGAGAAGUUAUACUAGUGGGUGAAUUUAUUAGUCGUUUUCGGGGUUCCACGGGAGAUACACAGCGACCAAGGCACUUAGAGUCCAAAAUUAUUUCAGAAGUGUGUAAGCUCUUGGACGUUGAGAAAACGAGAAAAACUCUGCUACAUCCACUGUCGGACGGCCAUUUAGAACAUUACAACGUUACGGUGGUGAUGAAGGUGUUUGGCUGCACAAUAUUCAACGAAAGAAAUGUAGGAAUCCCAAGUUGUAUUAGUAGUGUCCUUGUUGUCAGACGUAACGUACCGCAAACAAAGACUUCGAAGUACGAAACUAACUGUGAUUUAGGCAGAUCUUCUGAAACCUUACCUCGGUCCUGCUUUGAGGAGCUCGAUUUCUGAUGGAGAGGAGACUAGUACGCCUGUUGUAUCUCGAGCUGGUGGUGCUGAAGAGAUUGAGCCUGUUAUUACAAGUGGCCCCCUUUUGGCUAAGGCAAGAGGAGGCAAGCCUAGUGGAAGUGUAGCCCGGAUGCCUCUAGAUCCUAUGGUAGAGGCUGUGACAGAAGAAGGCAAACCCGAUGCGGAUGUUGAAACUGAGGUUGGUAUGAGUGAUACAGAUAAAAAGGGUGCCUUACAAAUUACUCAACCGAACGAGACAGACAGAGGUGAAAGGAAAUCUUAG